CUUUAUUUUUAAUCUGUCUUGUAUUCUCUCACGCAUCUCCCUUACCUCGUGAUGUUGGUGAUAAAGCUGUUGUCGAAUUAGAAGGUGUCGACGGCAAAGUUACAUUCACUCAAGUCAGCGAAACGAAUAUAGAAGCUGAUGGGAUAUUCAAAAAAGGCAUUACUGAAAAUACACCUGAAAGAUACUUUGUUAAACUUGGACCUUUGGCAAAAAAAUCCUUCAAAGAUGUGGGAAUUAAAAUAGUACCACCUGGUACUAAACCCUGGAAAUCGACUGGCCAAGGACUAGUUAAACAAAUAAUUGGUGUAGAAUACGAAAUUCUUCACGAUGAUGACGUAAUUGCUUCUGGAAUAAUCAAAUCUGCUUAA